AUGCAUCACUAUUCUACAAGGAGUGUAAAUAAGAAGAAAGAAAAUGGAACUAAUGCUACAUUCCAACAGCCCACUGUGCGAAUCACACGAACACAUGCCAAAGCCCUAGGCUCAUCAGGAGGGUUACCCCCACUAAUCCCUUCUGCAAAGCAGGAUCAGAAGCGAGUCUUUCGACCAAAUUCCAAAAGAGCAGCAUUAGACGAGAACAAAGCUGCGGUCAAUGUCACAGCUGGUCUUCAGCAUAAGAAAAGGGCUGUUCUUAAGGAUGUCACUAAUGUCUUCUGUGAGAAUUCCUACGUAAACUUCAGUAAUGCAACCAAAAUUCAGCCUAGCAAGCAGUCUAAGAAAAGUACUGCGAAGAAUAAAGCAAAGGUGGUGCCAGUUGUUUCUUUGGUAAAUACUCAGAACGCAAAAACAACUGGAGAAAUAACCAAACCAAAGGUGGAGGAUUUGCUAGGAAUUAGUCCACCUGAAAACUUGAAUGAAGAUUUGAUGAUUCAACAUGGUAAAUGCAUGAGCAUACGUGCAGGUGGUGCAGCAGAUCUGAUGCAUGUAAAGCAAACUUCCAGUAGACGUGUUCUACUCCAAAGCCCAUCACAGAAAGAAGGCGGCAAGAGUUGCAAGAAAUUGGAAGCUUUGCAUGGUCUAGGUAUUGCAGAUAUAGAUUUGAACCUCAAGGAUCCACUAAUGUGCAGCCUGUAUGCCCCUGAUAUAUACACUAAUUUACGUGUUACGGAGCUUGGCCGAAGGCCCUCGGCUAAUUACAUGGAAAUGUUGCAGCGGGAUAUCAGCCAGAGCAUGCGUGGUAUUCUGAUCGAUUGGCUUGUGGAGGUUUCUGAAGAGUAUAAGCUGGUUCCGGACACUCUUUACCUGGCAGUAAAUCUCAUUGAUCGAUUCCUCUCUGAAAAUUAUAUUGAAAAACAAAAACUGCAGCUGCUUGGCGUGACAUGCAUGCUAAUUUCCUCGAAGUAUGAAGAAAUUUGUGCACCCGGUGUGGAGGAGUUUUGCUUCAUAACGGACAACACCUACACAAAGGAAGAGGUUUUGAAAAUGGAAAGUCGGGUUUUGAAUUUGUUGGGAUUUCAAUUGUCUGUUCCGACCACAAAGAAAUUUCUUAGGAGAUUCAUUCAUGCAGCACAAGUUUCUUCCAAGGUUCCUUGUGUUGAACUGGAAUUCUUGGCAAACUAUUUAGCAGAAUUAGCUCUUAUGGAGUACAGUUUUUUGAAGUUUCUUCCAUCCCUCAUUGCUGCAUCUGCUGUAUUCUUAGCAAGAUGGACACUUGAUCAGUCAGAAUACCCAUGGAAUCCAACUCUACAAUAUUAUACUAGUCACGAGGCGUCAGAGCUAAAAGUGACGGUUCUUGCAUUGCAAGGUCUGCAACUGAACAUUAAUGGAUGCUCCCUUAACGCUAUAAGAGAGAAGUAUAAGCAACAAAAGGUAACGGACUAUGUGAAAACUUGUCUUUAG